AGGGUUUUUCUCACUGCCAGCACGCCACUACCCCUCCCCACCCCCCUUCAGCAGCGCAACACACCAACGCCGCCGCCGCGCCGCCAGCCCGCCGGGAGCACCGCCGGAGAAACCAGCCAUGGAUCGGUACCAACGGGUCGAGAAGCCGCGGCCGGAGGCCGCCGCCAUCAGCGAGAACGAGAUCCGUAUCACCACACAGGGCCUCAUCCGCAACUACGUCACCUACGCCACCUCCCUCCUCCAGGAAAAAAGGGUGAAAGAAAUUGUGUUGAAGGCCAUGGGACAAGCUAUCAGCAAGACAGUGGCUAUUACCGAGAUCAUAAAGAAAAGGAUCCCUGGGUUGCAUCAAGAUACAACGAUCAGUUCAGUCAGUAUUACUGAUGUAUGGGAACCCAUUGAGGAAGGCCUUGUACCAUUGGAGAUGACUCGUCAUGUUUCAAUGAUCUCAAUCUCCUUGUCACCUAAGGAGCUCGACACAAAUUCACCCGGAUAUCAAGCUCCAUUGCAUGCAGAGCCACUUAAACCAAGGUACCAGCAAGUUCAGCGGUAUCAACAACAGCACCAGCCAAGACAAAAUCAAGGUCAAACAGAUUCAUAUGUACGUGGAAGAGGCAGAGGGAGAGGAAGGGGCUGGGGUGGUAGGGGAGGGUAUGGUGGAGGUUAUGGUGGGUAUGAUAAUAACCAAGGAGGUUAUGGUGGAUAUAGCAACCAGGGAGGAUACGGCCACAACCAAGGUGGGUAUGGCAAUCAUGGAGGUUACGGCCACAACCAAGGUGGGUAUGGCAACCAGGGAGGUUACGGCAAUCAGGGAGGGUAUGGCCAAAACCAAGGUGGCUAUGGAGGGGGUUAUGGUUAUGAUCAAGGUGGAUAUGGGGGAUAUGAUAAUGGUGGCUGGAAUUACAACCAGAACAGAGGCCGUGGUGGCGGUGGGCGAGGAAGAGGCAACUGGGGAUACAGUGGUCCAGGAUACGAGCGCGGUGGCCGAGGUGCAGGCGGCCCAGGUGGCCCAGGCGGCAGGGGCUACGUGCGGGGCCGUGGUCGGAUGGGCCCUGGCCGCGGGCGCGGGAACGAGAACUAUUAGGUCACAUAGUGCUGUAUUGUUGCAAAAAAGAGAGACAGAAGGUACGCGUUCUGUGAAUCGGAACCGAACCUUGGCGCUGUUUCAUUGUGAACCAUCGACUAGGCUUCCCAGUUUUUAGCUAUAAUCGCCAAUGGUAUCGGUACCAUUGCUUCCAUUCUGUGGGAUUUUGACAAGCAUGUUAUGUUGUUCCUGGGACACCUUUACUGUAUCUAAGAGUGCAGUUUUGAAUAGUAGUUCAUCUGUUUACCA